CACGUGAUUCAAUUUUACCUUUUCACACUAUCGGAGACUUGGUCAGCUAUUCGCGAUGGAACGUUUUGCCUGUGUGAUCUUUCUGUCAACUCUCGUCUCAUGGACAUCAUCCGACAUCCCCUUCCGUAACGCCUCCCUCCCCUGGCAGGUGCGUGUGGAGGAUGUGGUGGGGAGACUGACCAUCCAGGAGAUUCAGGCCCAGCUGGCCAGUGGUCAGGGAGCUACCCCACCAAUCAGCAGAUUAGGCAUUGGGGAAUACUCUUGGUGGACCAACUGUGGUCGGGGGGAUGUCGGACAGAACUCUACGGCCUUCCCCCAGGCCAUUGGCAUUGGAGCAUCCUUUGACAAAGACCUGAUCUACCGAGUGGCGGAGGCAAGCAGUACUGAGGUUCGGGCCUACUACAACUACUUCGUGAAGAUGGGGUCCAUGGGCAUCCACAAGGCUCUCAGCUGCUGGAAUCCCAACAUGGACCUCUACAGAGACCCUCGCUGGGGAAGGGGGCCUGAGACGCUGAGUGAAGACCCCUACCAUGCGGGUGAGAUGGGGUACCAUCACGUGAAGGGUCUCCAUGGCAACCACCCACGCUAUGUCAGGACUGCUUCCGCCUGCAAACAUUUUGACGUGUCCGCAGGUCCUGAAGACUGGCCCGUCAGCAGACACGACUUUGAUGCAAAGGUUUCAGAACGAGACUGGAGAAGCUACUUCCUGCCUCCCUUCCGGAAAUGCGCAGAAGCAGGAUCAUUCGGCCUACACUGCGCAUAUAACCUCAUCAAUGGUGUCCCCGCCUGCGCCAACAAGAAGCUGCUGACGGACAUCCUGAGGGGGGAGUGGAACUUCACCGGGUACGUGGCUUCAGAUGCUGGCGCUCUACUUACCAGCAUCACGGAGCAGCACUACUUCAACAACACCGUCGAUGCCGCCGCUGGCUGUCUGAACGCUGGGUGUGGCCUCGAGGUGCAGGGGGGUGACACGAGAGUCUACGACUCCAUCAUUGAUGCCAUACAUCAGAACAAGGUCACCAAAGCCUUGGUCCGGGAGCAGAUGAAACCCCUCCUCUACACCAGACUCAGACUCGGAGAGUUCGACCCCCGGGAGAUGAACCCUUACAACUACCUUGACAUUGAUGACGUCGUGCUGAGCUCCACACACCGACAGCUGGCUGUAGAGGCAGCCACCAAGAGUUUCGUCCUGCUGAAAAAUACCAACAGCUUUUUACCUAUCAAGACACGUUAUAACCACAUUGCUGUGGUAGGCCCCAUGGCAAAUGACAGCCAGCAGGUGUUUGGUGACUACGCCCCAAGUCCCGACCCCCGCUAUAUCACCUCCCCCCUGUCCGGACUGGUCAGACUGGGCACUACGGCCACCCACGCUGCCGGCUGCUCCAGCACCUUCUGCACGGACUACAGCAAGACGGAUGUGGUUAAGGCGCUGCAAGGAGCUGACGUGGUGUUCGUGUGUCUAGGAACAGGUCCAGCUGUAGAGUCAGAAGGACACGACAGACACAACAUCUCCCUGCCGGGACAGCAGCUGCAGCUUCUUCAGGACGUCGUUGGCAAAACUGACAAGCCGGUCGUCUUGCUCCUCUUCAAUGGCGGACCAGUCCACAUCGGAUGGGGGGUGGAGAACCAACGUGUUGUUGCCAUAUUAGAAUGCUUCUACCCGGCCCAGGCGGCGGGCGAUGCUAUCUUUGCUUCUCUGACAAACGCCGGGGUUGGGUCAGUACCCGCAGCCAGACUUCCCUACACGUGGCCGAGCAGCGAUAAUCAGAUUCCGCCCAUGGUGAACUACUCCAUGGCUGGGCGGACAUACUGGUACUUUGAUGGAGAGCCUGCCUUCCCCUACGGCUACGGCCUGUCGUACACGACGUUCAGAUAUGCUGACUUUACCUGCGACAUCACCGUUAUGGCCGGGGAGGGGUUGUGGUGUAGCGUCACUGUCUACAACACCGGGUCAUAUGACGCUGAUGAGGUGUCACAAGUGUACAUGUCCUGGCAAAAUACGUCACUUCCUGUUCCCAGAAUUCAGUUGGUCGGUUUUACCAGGAGAUUCAUAAUUUCAAACGGGUCAGCUGUCUAUGAGUUUACACUGGAUCCCAAGAACAUGGCUGUGUGGACAGAUGACGAGGAAUGGGUGGUUCUUCCAGGUGCGAUGAACAUCUAUGUUGGAGGCCAGCAGCCCAAUCAGCGGACAUCUGUCGGAUCUAACGUGGAACACAGGCAGUUUCAAAUUAUAGGAACCAAGAUAUUGGGAAAAUAUUAAGUAACUUUAUGCAUUUGUGUUUUAAUUACCCUUUUUGCAUGUUAGAUACUAGUGUUUCACCAUGUUAGUAGAGAGAUGGAGUGCUAUAAGGCCCCGAUAUUUGUACAGUUUGUACUUUAGUUGCAAA